AUGAGUGUGUCACUGAGUCAGCUGCAGGAGCAUUAUAACCAGCAGGGAUUCCUCUCUGCUGUACCGGUCCUGGACCACACAGAGCUGAGAGAAGCCAGACAAGCCUUCAACCACCUGGAGAGAGAGUUCGGUGAGGAGUACACCCAGUACAGUCUCCACAACGUGCACCUGAGGUACCCCUGGGUGAUGGGCCUGGCCAAACACCCCCACAUCCUGCAGGUAGUACAGUCCAUCCUGGGCUCUGAUGUCAUCCUGCUAGACUCACGCUUCAUCUGCAAAUACCCAACAACCCCCACAGCCACACAGGCAGGAAAUGACGUCAUCACUCGGACCAGUGAGGAGGAAGUGAGGUCAUCAGAGAAGGACCAACAGAGUGAGACUGGGCUGCCCUUCGUGGCCUGGCACCAGGAUAUGAGGUAUUGGGGAAUAGCUGGGGGUCCAGUCCUGUCUGUGUGGCUGGCUCUAGACGACUCCGUGGCAGAAAACGGAGCCCUGAAGGUCAUCCCAGGCAGCCACUGCUCCGGCCUGCUGCCCCACCACCUCUCCCCCCGCCCUGGCAACAUGCUGUCAGUCAACCAGGAGAUCCCUGAGGAGCUGGUGCAAACGGACAACGCUAUACUCUGCCCCCUGCAGGCCGGGCAGAUGUCUAUCCAUGAUGGGUUCCUGGUCCACGCCAGUGACCCCAACACAUCCCAGAGGAGACGCUGUGGCUUCGUGAUCCGAUACGUCCCUACCUGUGCCUAUCCCAUACAGGACCCAGACCGUCCCAGGCGUUUCCAUGCUACAGUGCUGGCCAGUGGAUCAGACCAGUUCAGUCACUUCUCCACCUAGUUGUGAUGAGCCUCACACCACAACUACAACCAUAUCCAUACUGAUCCCAUUACUGCAUUACUGUCUGCUACUUAGAGCAACCUAAUGAUGCUGUGUUCACCUUUAUGACUUCCUGCUGUGUUCACCUUUAUGACUUCCUGCUGUGUUCACCUUUAUGACUUCCUGCUGUGUUCACCUUUAUGACUUCCUGCUGUGUUCACCUUUAUGACUUCCUGCUGUGUUCACCUUUAUGACUUCCUGCUGUGUUCACCUUUAUGACUUCCUGCUGUGUUCACCUUUAUGACUUCCUGCUGUGUUCACCUUUAUGACUUCCUGCUGUGUUCACCUUUAUGACUUCCUGCUGUGUUCACCUUUAUGACUUCCUGCUGUGUUCACCUUUAUGACUUCCUGCUGUGUUCACCUUUAUGACUUCCUGCUGUGUUCACCUUUAUGACUUCCUGCUGUGUUCACCUUUAUGACUUCCUGCUGUGUUCACCUUUAUGACUUCCUGCUGUGUUCACCUUUAUGACUUCCUGCUGUGUUCACCUUUAUGACUUCCUGCUGUGUUCACCUUUAUGACUUCCUGCUGUGUUCACCUUUAUGACUUCCUGCUGUGUUCACUUUUAUGACUUCCUGCUGUGUUCACCUUUAUGACUUCCUGCUUUGUUCACCUUUAUGACUUCCUGCUUUGUUCACCUUUAUGACUUCCUGCUGUGUUCACCUUUAUGACUUCCUGCUGUGUUCACCUUUAUGACUUCCUGCUGUGUUCACCUUUAUGACUUCCUGCUGUGUUCACCUUUAUGACUUCCUGCUGUGUUCACCUUUAUGACUUCCUGCUGUGUUCACCUUUAUGACUUCCUGCUGUGUUCACCUUUAUGACUUCCUGCUGUGUUCACCUUUAUGACUUCCUGCUGUGGCGCCACUAUUUGUUUACUUUAUUUAUUUUACCUUUAUUUAACUAGUCAAGUCAGUUAAGAACAAAUUCUUAUUU